AUGAUGCACUCGACGCAGAUACAGCAGACGCUAGUAAAGAAGGUACUAGCUCACUCUUGUACCACACGUGGCUUUGCAAUACGUAGUUCCAAGCCAUUAUCUGGUGUUGAUACGGCAGCACUUACAUCCAAAUACACAGUAGUCGAUCAUGAAUACGAUGCUGUCGUCGUUGGUGCUGGUGGUGCUGGUCUACGUGCAGCCAUGGGUUGCGCUGAAGCAGGACUAAAGACGGCGUGUAUUUCGAAGCUUUUUCCUACACGUUCGCAUACUGUUGCAGCUCAAGGAGGUAUUAAUGCAGCACUAGGGAACAUGUCUAUCGAUGAUUGGCGAUGGCAUAUGUAUGAUACUGUCAAGGGAAGUGAUUGGCUGGGAGAUCAAGAUGCUAUUCAUUAUAUGUGUCGAGAGGCCCCUGAAGCCGUGCGUGAACUUGAAGAUUUUGGGCUACCUUUCUCUCGUACGGAAGAAGGCAAGAUUUAUCAACGUCCAUUUGGUGGACAGAGUCUCGAGUUUGGAAAAGGUGGUCAAGCACGUCGUACUGCCUGUGCUGCUGAUCGUACGGGUCAUGCAAUGCUGCAUACACUCUAUGGUCGUUCUUUGGCCUUUGAUACGUCGUAUUUUAUUGAAUACUUUGCUCUGGAUCUCAUAAUGAAUGACGCGGGAGAGUGUGUGGGUGUUAUGGCCUUUAAUAUGGAAGACGGAACAUUCCAUCGCUUUCAUACAAACAAUACGGUACUAGCCACGGGUGGCUACGGACGUGCCUAUUUCUCGUGCACGUCGGCACACACGUGUACAGGUGACGGCACUGCCAUGGCUUUACGUGCUGGCAUCCCACUACAAGACCCUGAAUUUGUGCAGUUCCACCCCACAGGAAUCUAUGGUGCUGGCUGUUUGAUUACGGAGGGAUCACGCGGUGAAGGAGGUAUUUUACGGAACUCGGAGGGCGAGCGCUUUAUGGAACGUUAUGCCCCUACGGCUAAGGAUUUGGCUUCGCGUGAUGUCGUGUCACGUGCCAUGACCAUGGAGAUCCGUGAGGGUCGUGGUGUGGGCAAGAAUCAGGACCACAUCUUUUUGCAUUUGGACCACCUGCCACCUGAGCUUCUGCACGAACGUCUGCCGGGUAUAUCGGAGACUGCUGCUAUUUUUGCUGGUGUGGACGUGACUAAGGAGCCCAUCCCGGUACUUCCUACUGUGCACUACAACAUGGGUGGUAUCGCUACGAACUACUUGGGUGAGGUCGUUAUGCCUGACGUUGACGGUUUGCCGGAGCCCGGUAAGCUGUACCCGGACAAGGUUGUGCCCGGUCUGUUUGCAGCUGGUGAGGCAGCUUGUGCGUCGGUGCACGGCGCUAACCGUUUGGGUGCCAACUCACUGUUGGAUCUAGUGGUGUUUGGGCGUGCCUGCGCUCAUCGCAUUGCUGAACUGACAAAACCUGGCGAGGCAAAGCGCCCGAUGCCCAAGGACGGCGGGCUGAAGGCCAUUGAAGAUGUUGACAGGCUGCGUUACGCCGACGGAAGUAUCUCCACGGCCGAGCUGCGCCUGGAAAUGCAGAAGACGAUGCAGGAAGACGCGGCCGUAUACCGCACGCAAGAUUCGCUGGCCGCUGGCAAGGAGAAGAUUGACGCAGUAGUGCCUAAGUUCAACGAUAUCAAGGUGACGGAUCGCUCGCUUAUUUGGAACACGGACCUGAUGGAGACGCUGGAGCUACGCAACCUGCUGGCGUGCGCAGCGUGCACCAUGCACGGCGCUGAGGCCCGUAAGGAAUCUCGUGGUGCCCAUGCUCACGAGGACUAUACGGAGCGUGACGACGCCAACUGGAUGAUGCACACUGUCGCCUACCACAAUGAAGAUGGCAAGACGCACAUCGCUUACCGUGCGGUGCAAGACCAGACGCUGGACGAGAACGAGUGCAAGCAUGUCCCGCCCUUCGCGCGUGUCUACUAA